CUCCCAAUAGAAGCAGAAGAAUGUAGUGGUCUAGUAGACCACUUGCUCACAUUCACAGCUCCAGAGAGAGACAGAGAUAGCAUCCAACAAUGGCGAAGUUCAUGAGCAUAUCCUCUGCUACAUCCAUUCCUCGGACCUCCUCAACUCCUUCCCCACUCCCUCUUCGUCCCCUCUCAGCAGCGUUUCACUCCAAGGUGGGCUUGAGAUGGAGAGUCAAGUGCAUGACUUCCCCCGACACCAAACCCGAUACCCAAGUCCCCGCUUCUUCACCCCCGCCUUCUUCAUCAUCUCCCGCUUCGCCGGGCCUUUCCUCAUACAGUUGGUCGGCCGCUCUUGGAGGUUUAGGGUUCGUCGAAACUGCAUACUUGACUUACCUUAAGCUCACUAAUUCUACCGCCUUUUGCCCCCUCGGCGGUGGCAUUGUUGGCGAUGCCGGCGGCUGUGCCGACAUACUUGGAAGUGAUUACUCCCUUGUUUUCGGUGUUCCUCUCCCGUUGCUGGGGAUGGCUUCUUAUGGUUUCGUUGCUGCACUGGCUCUUCAGUUGUCUAAAAAUAGCUUGCCUUUUGGCUUUGGAGCCUCUGAUAGCAGGACACUCCUUCUAGGAGCCACCACUUCCUUGGCCGCUACAAGUGGAUAUCUUCUCUACAUUUUAACCACCCAAUUCCCUGGACAAUCAUGUCCUUAUUGUCUCUUCUCUGCUUUCAUAUCUUUUUCCCUAUUUCUCAUCACCGUCAAGGAACUUGGGUGGCAGGAGACUCAAAAGGUGUUGGGGUUGCAGCUUUGUAUAGCAAGCUUGGUAAUUGCCAGCUUGCGAUUCUCAUACGGGGCUCCUCUGCCUUUCACUCCCAGGCAACCUGAAAUCAACCUGGAAUAUAUCCCAACUGAGAUAACAACACCUUCAGCUCCUUUUACCAUUUCUCUUGCAAAGCAUCUACGUUCAAUUGGUGCAAGAAUGUACGGGGCAUUCUGGUGUUCACACUGUAUCGAGCAGAAAGAGAUGUUUGGUGAAGAGGCAGCCAAAUUAUUGAACUAUGUCGAAUGUUUCCCUGAUGGAUUGAACAAAAACACGAAAAUGGCCCUGGAAUGUGUAGCUGCAGAUAUCAAGGGUUUCCCAACGUGGGUGAUCAAUGGCGAGGUUUUGAAUGGAGAGCUUACGCUGUCGGAGCUCGCACAGAAAUCUGGAUUCGAGCUUAGCGAUAAUGGAUCAUCUAGUGUGACCUUGAUGGACUAGGGAGGUUGGACUGUAUCACUUGUACAGCUUAGACAGACGUAUACAACUUUCAUGGUUAAAAGAUAGUAGUUAUUACAGAUAAGCGUAGUGGUAAUGGACCUGGUGAUGUAUAUCGUGAAGCAUGUCACUGUCUGGCCAUUGUUGUACCCCUUUCUUCUUUGGUGUGGAGCAGAUCCACGCACUGCUUUGGUUGAGUCAAUUAUGUAUGGAGCGCACAAAUGAAUAAAACUAUGGGAUAAUACCACUCCGAACUAUUAAGAAUGUGUCAUUUGUAUCCUAAAGUAUUUAAUAUGACAU